AUGCCACAAGAUUCGAUGUGACGGAGAAUCUUGAAAACUUUUUGUUUUCAGGGUGAACUAAACAAUGCCACUUCUUCCACUGGCACUGCUCACCCAACGCGUCCCCAACGCCUUCGCAGUCCUUGCCAUGGCCGUGCAGGCGCGGCACUUCCCCCACAACAGCUUGGCCCCGGCGGCGGGCGCCUCCCUGUUCCUGGACGCCUACGCCGGGCGCGUGCCGGCACCGGCCCCGAUCGGGGACGCCAGGACGGUGCUCAACGACGACUUCCCGCGCAGCGACCUCGCCUGGCCGUGCAACCACGGCCGCUUCCUGCCCAGGAAGCGGCCGCGCCUGGAGGCGGCGGACCAGGCACAGGCAGCGCUAGCAGCGGGUGGUGAUCUCUUCCAAGAUCAACGCGUGGGUAUGCGUAUGCCUCCGGCGUGCACGGAGCGCCUGCUGCAGCCAGCAGUGCCACCGCCGUUCGUCGACGUGCAGGUGCAGGGCCGGGCGGUGGGCUCCGGCGCCGCGUCCACCAGCGGGAGGAUGGGAAAUGGCGCGACGCCGCCCGCCGUCGUCUCGCUGGAGCUCCUGCCGUCGUGGACACACCGCCACGGCGUGGAGAUCGACGCGCUCGUUCGACUCGAGGCGGAGAGGAUGCGCGCGGCGCUGAAGGAGGCGCGGCGGAGGCACGCCCGCGCGCUGCUGGCCGCCGUGGCGCGCGCCGCGUCGGGGUCGGGGCGGCUGCGCGCGUCGGAGGCCGACCUCGAGCGCGCGCUCCGCCGCAACGCGGAGCUGGAGGAGAAGGCACGGCAGGCGGGCGCCGAGUGCCAGGCGUGGGUGGGCGUCGCCCGGAGCCACGAGGCCGUCGCCGCGGGGCUCCGCGCCACGCUGGACCAGGUCCUCCUGCGGUCGUCACCCUGCGGUGCUGGUGCGCGUGCGCCCGCGGCCGGCGGUGGCUGCCAGGCCGAGGACGCGCAGUUGUGCUGCUUCGAGGCGCACGCCACCGAGGACGACGACGCCGACGACGGCGCGUGCGCGUGCGCGUCCAGCACCAGCAGGUCCAAGUCGUUGGCGUGCAAGUCGUGUGGCGGCGGCGAGGCGUGCGUGCUGCUGCUCCCGUGCCGGCACCUGUGCCUGUGCCGCGUGUGCGAGGACGCCGUGGACGCUUGCCCCGUCUGCGCGAACACCAAGAACGGCUCGCUCCACGUCCUCUUCUCCUGAACUCUCAAGGACGUUACGCCAUGCUCAUCGUCAACGGGUAACAUCAGACAAGGCUUGCUGCGUGCUGCCAGAGCGUGGUAGUACAUGCGAUGCACCGCUUGAGUGGCACACGCCGAUGCUGUGGAAAGGAGGGCAAAGUGCAACUGCAAUGGCACAAAAUGCCCUAGGGAAUCCUGCGUUGGUUGAACCGGAGGUAGACGCACAAGUGGAUGAGAAACGAUGACUAACGAAGAAAAAUGACCGAUGAUCGUUAUCGUGAUUGCUGGUAAAACUCUAAUCUGAUAGGGCUGCAGUGCGGCAUACCGAGAAGUAGGAGAUGACUGAUGAUCGCGUCCAUGUACAGUAGAUAUUUUUAAAAAGGAAAAUUAAAGGAGGGGUUCUGAAUGGUGAAACUAUUGUGAAACGAUACAAAUUAAGUGUUCAUUUCCUGGAGCUUCUUCACCAUUACUGAAGCCGUUUCAGCAUGUAGUAAGUUCCGAACCAAAUAGAGGCAGCUCCUCGCGUGAAACCGGGCCUCGUUUAGUUCUGAUUUUUUUUGAUACUUUAUUAUUUUCAUUCUU